AUGGCCUCCAACCUGCUGCCUCGGUGUCAAGCGCAGUUCUACUCAAACCCCUUCCCCCACCCUCAGUUCACCGCCCCCACCCCAUCCCCCGCCGCGGCCUGGGCAGGAUUGAAGAAUGAGGGUCACAGGACUGGGGCCUCACAAGCCUGGUUUGGGGAGGGCGGUCAUCAUCUGAGGGGGCAGCCUCGCCUCCUGCUCCGUCCCUGCCAGUGGAAAAAGCUACGUAAGUGCCAAGUCGCAGGAGAGCGAGUCCCAGCCCAGGGCUUUACAAUCUGUUUUGUGAGCUAUUGCUCCCAGCACGCCUGGCAGGACCUGGGUUUCUGCAUCACUGCGGCAGCAGCUGUGAACAUGAGCGCCUGGGCCUCUCUGCCCGGGGAGCACCCAGGCCUCUGGAGCAGCCAGGUGGCAGCACGGAAACUUCAGGGAGGGCUGAGGACUUGUAGUAGUGCUCUCUCCGGUUGA